ACCGAUGAAAUGAACAAGAAAAAUCACACUACAGUUACUGAAUUUAUCCUUUUUGGUUUCACAGACAAUCAAAAGAUACAAGUAGCCCUCUUUGUGCUCUUUCUAGCCAUCUAUGUGGCCACUCUAGUUGGAAACAUCGGCAUCAUCUUGGUAAUUUGGAUCAGUCCCCGUCUACAUCGUCCAAUGUACUUUUUCCUCAACAAUCUGGCUGUUCUAGACCUCAGCUACUCCUCUGCCAUUACACCCAAGAUGCUGAUGAAUUUUUUAACAAAGAGGAGCACUAUUUCAUUCCCAGGAUGCAUUGCACAAAUGUAUCUGUUUGCUUCCUUUGCAGAUGCAGAGUGUCUCCUGCUGGCUGCUAUGGCAUACGACCGCUAUAUGGCCAUUUGUAAUCCACUACUUUAUCCAGUGCUCAUGUCCCACAAGGUUUGUGUCCUUCUGGUAGCUGGCUCUUUUCUCACAGGCAGCAUGACCUCUUUAGUGCACACUUGCUUUACUUUCCACCUUUCCUUCUGCAACUCCAAUGUGAUCAACCAUUUCUUCUGUGACAUCCCUCCAUUGUUAACCCUCUCCUGUUCCAACACCUACAUCAAUGAAAUUCUCCUUUUUGCCCUGUGUGGUUUCAUCCAAAGUAGCACAUUCUUGUUCAUCCUCACCUCUUAUGUCUGUAUUCUUUGUACCAUAUUGAGGAUCCAUUCUACAGAGGGCCGCCAAAAGGCUUUUUCGACUUGCACCUCCCAUUUGAUAGCUGUCACUUUGUACUAUGGCACUCUACUCUUCACCUAUUUGAGGCCAAGCUCCAGAUACUUUCUGGAUAUAGACAAAAUAAUCUCAGUGUUUUAUACAAUGGUUUUCCCCAUGUUGAAUCCCUUGAUCUACAGUCUAAGAAAUGAAGAAGUGAAGGAUACUUUCAGCAAAUUAUUGCAAAGAAACCUCAUGGUGUUCAAAAGGACUGUGACUUGUUCUCAGUCCAACUCAUAG